AUGAAGCAUAAGAAAACAGAGAAAGUGUUGGGUGCACUUGUAGUACUUUUUUCUCUUUUUAUCAGAGAGUGCAGAGGAGGACGGGAUAGCUUCAGCACUGAAGAAGCCGCUGACCCAAUGAUAGGAGGAGGUAGAACAAUAAGACAGAGAAAUGAACUAGAUCAUUCUCAUGCUGAUCAAGCUGGGAAUGACAAUGAGGUCUUAGACCUGGACGAGUUUAAUAGACCUCUGAAUCCAGCACAAAAUAUAUUGGAGAACUACGAUCAGCACAUGCAACAGGAUCAUACACAAGAUUAUUCUGAAGGUAAAAAAGUUGGCAAUGGAGCAGACAGCACUGUAGAGCCAACUGGUGCAGAAGGCAAUGAAAUAGAAGAGCCACACAUUGAUUAUAUCGGGCGAGUGCCAGACAUUCCGAUGAUCUCAGACAACUAUGAAAAUAUUAAAUAUUUGCAAAGAAAGACAGAUCAUGCUAUGCCAGAAUCCAGUGCAGACAAAGACUCUCCUAAUGAUGUAUACGAAGUCCUAGACACAUCUGGCAGCAAAAAAAUAGAAAGAAAAACAACAGAAAGUCCAACUAUUGAUUCUGGUGAAAAAGACAAGACAGCUCCCUCAUAUGGAUUGCUGACGGAAAUAGAUGGCAAUGAUAUGCAAGACUAUUUGUUAUCUCAGGAAGACAUGGAGAUAGUUAGUGCAAGUAAAGAAGCUAUCAAUAACCUGGAUAAUAGAAGCACUAUGCCAUACAGAGCAGAAAAAAGAACAGCUGAUGAAAUGCACAAUUCAAUAGGUGAGCUGGAUUACCAGUACAUAGCGAAGGACAAAAGAAGAAGAGAAGAGUGUACACCAGGUGAAAUAGGUAAUUUUGCCUACCAGGAUGGCAUUGGAAAUACAGAAGAAGAGGAAUAUGUGUCAGAUGAAAUACAAGAUGUUGUCUAUCAGGAUGACAUCGAAACCACGGUAGAAGAAGAUACACCAAAUAAAAUAGGUAACAUUUUCGAUCAGGAUGACGUUGAGAAUAUGGUAGAAGAUGAUGAACCGAAAGAUUUAAACCACAAAGAGCUAAAUUUAAAUAGAGCCUUAUUCGGAAAAAUAGAAAUGAAAGAUCUCGAUAUUAGCAUAUGGAACGAUACUAGAUUGAAAAAUAUAGGCAGACUGAGGAGAAGAAUGAAUUACAAUACACUGUGCGAUCAUAAAUAUGCAAAAAAUGAUCUGAUUAUUGGAGCAAAUGCUAAGCCCUACCAAGCAAGUCUUAAAGCAGCUAUUUAUGAAUAUUCAAAGCUGAUUUCUCGGGGAAUAAAGAAAAAUGAAGUGCAAUACUUCGUUGGAAUCAGUGGUAUGAACGUAAGCCUGAAGUAUAAAACUCUUCUCGGACUGAGAAAAUUGUUUAUGGACCGUAAAAGCAUAUACAGAAAGAUGGUGAAGAAAUUUAAGGGAUACUACCCCAAUGUGAUUGAAGAUAUGAUAGUAUAUGUAGAAGAGCACCAGCCAAUUAGAAUUCUUAUACAAAAUCCACAAACUGUGUGGAAGAGAACACUAGGGGACAUUUACAUGUCUGAAUGCCUUAAAAUGGACUACAGUGUGAUUAGAAACCAGAAAGAGAUCUCUACUCUAGAUAAGAAGUACCAUGCACUAGCAUACGCUAUAAAUAUGAUUAUAACGCUGCCUGAGGUGUAUCAAGACUUUCUGGAGAUUAGCAGAGAGUUUAUAAAUUAUACAUAUGAUAAAUACUCACUGAAUCCGGCUGAAGAUAUGAAUAACUUGCGGAUUAUACUGAUAAUACAGGAAUUAGUAUAUCUCCAUGAGGAAAAAGCAGAAUAUUCUACUUUUGUAUACAGCAAUCUAUACAGUACUCUUGAAAAUAUACAUAAUGAAGAAAUGCUCCAAAACUUAACAGCUACUGAUCUGUAUCAGAUCAUAUACAAGAUUAUUGCAGAUUUCUACGAUAUGGCAGAAGUAGUUGAUAAAAAGUAUAUUCUGGCAGGAAAGUGCAUAAUAAAAAACCAGAAGUAUAUAAAGUGUAGAGUAAGAGUAAACAUGGCAUCAGAAGACGAGAGCAAGAAAAUUUUAAAGCCAACAUACUCAUUUGAGAAAAACAAGUGGGAGGUUUCGUCUGAUAUAAAGACGCACUACCAUGUACACUAUGUAGACAAUACAUUGGGCCAGCCUAGAAGAUUGUGCAUGCCUAUAUACAAAGAAGAGGGAAGUGAAGAAGAGCACUAUUUGCACACAAUUGGUGAUAUGGUGAAGUACAUAAAGAAGCUGUAUAGGAUAAAAAAAGAACUUAACGUGAUAUAUCCGUUUAAAGUGGACAAGAAAAGUAAAAUAUGGAACUACAUUAAAAAAGAAGAUGAGAAUAAAACAGCCAAAGACCUGAAAGACUAUGACAUAGUGUUUUAUCACAUUAAGGAAAACAUAGAAGUAACAGAUUUUACUUUUGCACAGUUCUUGUCUUUAAUCUCCUACAGCGAAAAAAGUGGAACUACUCUCAUCCCGCUGUUUGUUACACAUCUAAUGCAAGAUGCUAUAAAGUCAGGGCCCUUUAUUACAACAGCAAGUCAUGAAAAUCUGAAGUUAAUAGAGCUUAAAGAUAAAAACCCUGAUUUUUAUAGAUAUAACUAUGCCUCCUAUGUGAAUUUAGAGCAUUCUUGUCUAUUUGGAUACUACAGCAAUCUGUACAUCCUGCCAGAUGAAAUAAAAAGCACCGAAUGCUAUGUCAUGCAGUGCCAGUUCAUUGAACAAGCGAAUGGUGCUAUUAGUGUGGUGUCUUAUGCAAAGAUGCCAGGGGAUGUGGAUGAAUAUACACACUGUGUGCUAAAUGAAGACUUCAAAAGAGAUUCAGAAGAAUUUGAUGCCUUUAUUGAAACAAUAGAGUCAAGAGACCACAACGAAGACAGCAAGCUGCAGGGAUUUUGGCUGCGCAGUGAUAGAAAAAAUAACUCGCUUACAAUACAGGGCUUAUUAGAAGAGAGAAAUACGCUUGGACUAUAUGGAGAAGAUGAUAGCUUAGAAAUUCUCAGAAACAUGAUUAUUAAUGCAAAGAAGAGGCUGAAAAAAAUAGAAGAAAAUCUGAUACAAUUUAAAGAGUUUGAAUCAAUAGAAGAAAAAGAGUUGAAAAAUAAAUGGCAGUCGCUACAGAGAGAAAAAAGUAUUGAACAAGAUAACCUAAAAGAACUGAACGAAAAAGUGAAAAAAAAGCUUUCUGAAGUAAAGAAAACUGCAGAUGUUAAGAUUAUAGUGUUCCGGAACGUGAAUUCAAGCAGAUCUAAUCUAGGAGCACACAACGAGCUUCUUGAUGUUUUCAUCACAUUAUAUAGACAGCCGAAAGAUAGAAGUAAAUAA